AUGGCUAAAGCAAUAGGUAUUGAUUUGGGUACAACAUAUUCAUGUGUCGCUGUAUUUCAACAUGGUAAGGUCAAAAUGAUUCCUAAUGAACAAGGUAAUCGAAUAACACCAUCAUACGUUGCAUUCACCGAUAAUGAGCGUUUAAUCGGAAACGAAGCUAAAAGUCAAGUAGCAUUGAAUCCAAACAAUACAAUAUUUGAUGCUAAACGACUUAUUGGUCGUAAAUGUGAUGAUCCAAUUGUACAAGCUGAUAUGAAACACUGGCCAUUUCAAGUAAUUAAUGAUGGUGGUAAACUAAAAUAA